GACCUACUAGGACCAACGCCUCGGCUGUGCUUUGAACCUACCGAUCGCUUCUCGGACCCAAGCUGCUUGGCGAGGAACGCUCUGUUAAACAUGGCUGCCAAGACGUCACAAGCAACUCUAGCACUAGAAUAUACUGCCCAUGGCGCCGCCAAGGGCUGGCGAGCGAAUGAGCACCUUGUCGACGCGCUGCCCUAUGUGGACUCGGUGCCGCCGGAGCUAAAACCUCAUGUGGAGGCCCUCAUAGAGGAGGAAAAGCGGAGAAGCACAAAGCUCCCCAGCGACUACCUGCGCGAGAUGCCCUCGGUCCGCGCGCCAAAGUUCGAUGACCACCCGGUCCUGAAGACCGAGUACGAGCGUGUGCGCAACAAGGAGCCAAUGGCGCCGCUGGAUUCUGUUCGCUACCGGCUGGAGCCGCCGCCGCAGGCCCGCCGCGGCGACGUGGGCGCGUGGAAGUCCUCGCUGGACAACGCGGCGGCGCAGCUGGAGCACCAGCACCUGCGCAUCCUCAACCAGGAGCUGCUGCUCAAGUAUGGAGACAAGGCCUGGAGGGCGCAGGUGGCUCUGGACGAGGCCGCGGUGCGGGGCCUGGAGGCGCAGCUGGCGGCGCUGCGCAAGGAGACGGACGGACUCAACCGCGAGCGCAAGCUGCAGCAGCACGCCGCGGGUUCGGAGCUGUCCAAGCUGGAGCGCCAGUACCUGAGCCAGGUGCGCAAGAACGCGGACAUUGAGCGCGCCUGCGACCGGCUGGAGGACGCGGUGGCGGCCAUGGAGGCGGAGCUGGACACACACAUCCGGGCUGACACAGGGGCGGAGGCGGAGGCGGAGGCGGGGGCGGCGGAGGGGCAACAGGGCCCCGGUGCGGCCGGGGAGGCGGAAGCGGCGGGCGCCGACAAACCCGCGGCGGCGGCUGACGGCAGCGGCGACACGGACAUGGCGGACGGCGCGGCGGCGGCCGAGGGCGCGGCAGCAAACGGGACACACGCGGCCGGGGCAGAGUCGUGAGUGAGAGCACACACGUGCAGUGCCGCGCUGUAGGGGCGGCCGGGUGUGGUUGUGGGCGCGGCGGCAUGGAAGCGUUGAGGCUUGGCGGUUGACUUGAGGCGGAGGGGGCCGCUGGGUAUGCACUGGCGACGCGUGGGGCGGCAUUGUCGUUCGAUGCUCGGUGGUGGUCAUCACGCACGACGCCGCUUUCGACAUGUUCAGACAGAGGCGGCGGCGGUUGGGGUGGUUGGCACGCACCGAGGCGCAUGGGUGGGUCCGCGGGUCCAUCCAGGCCACAGCUGCAGGCGGUGGGGCGAGCUACACGGCUUGGGGCGUCGUCCUCAGGAUAGGGGGGCCCUGUGUGUGUACCGGUGCCGGCAAACAGGCAGGCACCACACACGAAUUGGCCUGCCUUGAGUGUUGCGGUGUACAUGCCGGGGCGCUCGGGACUGUGCCCGGUUGCCGAGUGUGACAGGAAGCGUGUAACGUGGGACUCUG